AUCUAGUAGUUACUAUAGGAACGGGGCAACCUUUCCCCUCGCUGAUGAUGACUUCCGCCCACAGUCUGAGUCUGAGCUGGGAAAGGAGGGAACAUGUCAUUAGACAAAUACACUGACAUAGAAGAUCAUCAGACUUCAAGUAAGAAGAAGAAAAAGCAGAAGCCUUCACAGCAAGUUGACGAGAGCCUGGAAGAUGACAUGUUGGCCUCUGAAGGCCUUAGAGAGGAAACUAAUAAAAGGAGAAAGUCUCAUAAAAGCAGAAAAUCCAGUGUAAGCUAUGACAGUAUUGAUGAUUCUGAGGACGUCUCCGUUACUCAACAUAAAACACAUGUAGAAGGCACUCGGAGACAGAAGAAAAAGAAGAAACAUAUGAGAGAUGGUGACAGAGCUCAGUUGGAAGAUCUUUUGGCUUCUGAUGACCACAGUACAGUAAGUAUAGAGGAUGACAGUCUGCAGACUGCUGAACUCACCAGUGAGUGUGAAGACCGGGCUGGAAAAUCUGCAAAGAAGAAAAAGAAGAGGUACUUACAUACAUCCAUGGAGGACACUUCUACAAGCUUGCCUGAAACUGAUGACGGCACCGAAACGCUGGCAAAUAAAUUUCUAAAGAGAAAAAAAUCUGGAAGAAGCAGAGACCUAAUAGAUGAUUAUGAGGAGUCUCCCCAGGUGGAGCAAUCUGAUACCUCAGCUCUUGGGGCAAAUUCCAAAACAAAAAAGAAAAGGUGUAGGUCCCAUUGUAACGCUUCCCCUGAAACGGACCAGUGUGGGAAUACAGAUCAUAAUGAUGUUAAUCCAGCUGCAGCGGUUUUGAGUAAGAAGCUCCACAGAAGCUUGGGACAAACUUCUGAUCUGGGUGAGUCCUCUGACUAUCACAGUCAAAAUUUUAAUGGUGGUGACGCAAAAAAGAGGAAAAGGAAAAUCAACAGCGAUGUAGAUCCGCCAAGGAAGAAGGGUACACUUAAUGAAAGCCAGGACACAGAACCGUUUUCACCAACUUCUAAAAGAAUAAAUGGGCACAUGUCGUUUGACAAAUAUACUGACCUAGAAGAUCAUCAAACUUCAUCUAAGAAGAAGAAAAAGCAGAAGCCUUCACAGCAAGUCGACGAGAGCCUGGAUGACAAAGCGUCGGCUUCUGAUGGCCCUAGAGAUGCGAGUAAUACAAAAGGAAAGUCUCCUAAAAAGAGAAAAUCUAGUGUAAGCUGUGACAAUAUUGGGGAUUCUGAGGACUCCCCCGUUACUGAACAUAAUACACCUAUAGAAGGCAUUCGGAGACGGAAGAAACAUAUGAGAGAUAGUGGUAGAUAUCAGAUGGAAGAUGGUUUAUCAGGUGAUCUUUUGGGUUCUGAUGAUCACAGUACAGUAAGUAUAGAGGAUGAUAGUCUGCAGGCUGCUGAGCCAACCAGCGAGGGUGAAGACCGGGCUGGAAAAUCUGCAAAGAAGAACAGGUCUUUACAUACAGCCGUGAAGGAAACUUCUACAAGCUUGUUGGAAGAAACAGAGUUUGAAACCGAUAAUGGCAAUGAAACCCAUUGUGAUUCUUCCCCUGAAACAGACCAGGCUCCUGCUGGACCGUCCGCUUGCAGUGAUGUACUUGAUGAAAAUCAGAAUGCAGAUGAUAAUGGGACGGGUCUCUCUGCAGUAGAUACAGGAAGGGACAACUUGUCCCCAAGAAAGCGAAGUAGACUGGCUGCUGCAUCUCCAUACAUACGUGAUCGGGACCUUGCAGUGCUAGAAGAGGUCUUUCCCAAUGUAAGGUCUCUGACAUACAGUUCUUUGCAAAACUUAAUUCAGAAUGAGCUGGAGAGAAUCAAAGAUGCUAAACUAAGAGGAAUUAAAUUUGCGACUGGACGAUUCAACCGCGCAGAAGACGAACAGAUCAAGAAAAACGUAGAGGAGUUUUUGGCCUUAACAGGCUUGGAGUCCGGAGAAAUGCUCUUUCACAGCUACAGAUACCCAGAACUGAAGCCAACAAUAGAAAAAAUUAAACGGAAAUUCCAUUUUCGACAAAGAAUCGCUAAAGGCGUGUAUCACACUAUAGGAGAAAUUUGCCACCGAGGGCCAAAGAUAUAUGAUUCAUCUGGUUCUAAAGGACGAUUCACAGAUGAAGAGGUGAAAAAGUUGAAGGAAAGCUGGAAUCUUCAUGGAAACAAAUGGACCAUUGUUGGGGCUCUAGUUGGUCGAAAUAAUAUUUCAGCUCAGUUAAAGGCUUCUCAACUCAGGCGGAAAGUCAACCACGGAUUGUGGAGCAGUGAAGAAACAAACCUCUUAAUCUCCGCUGUGAAAGAGUUUGUUUUAAACUCUGGUCAGAAGACGGCAGAGGGCAAAAAUCAGGAAGUGACUGCUGUUACUAAACAUAAGAUAUGCAAAGGUAUCCCAUGGGUCAGUAUAGAGGAGAAGGUGAAAACAAGAAAUUGGACGCACUGUAAAAGAAAAUGGUUUGAACUUGCCCUAAUCCGAAUGAACGAUGGGAUCAACCCAUUUGAAGGACCUCUGGGCAUAGAGACCACUAUAAAUAUGAUUAACUGGCUACACGAAUCAGAUGUAAAGGAGAGUGGGGAGGUGAAAUGGGAAGAAAUGACUGAUGAUAUUGGAAAUAUUCCACCCUGGAUCGCCCAGACAAGGUUUCAUAAGCUGAAAAGUUUACAUGUCCCAGACUUUAAGAAGUUGAGUUUUUCUGAUACAAUGAAUUAUUUAUACAAUGUAACACUGCCGGACCUGGAAGCAAAGUUAGAAGAGCUAAGCAAUUCGGAGCAUUUCCCUUCGCCGGUUCCAGAGAAAAGAGACCAGUUCUUAGUCAGUGAAAUCUUUCAGGAAUACACUGGGUCGGAAAGGAUGCAAUUGGAGAUUCGGAAAAGACCAAAAUCUAAAAGACGACCUAAAUAUACGUGAUUAGGUGGUCACUUUAAAAUCUUUUUAAUUAGGUGUUCUUAUACAGGGAGGUAGAAGCCUGUUUCAGAAGUAAUAUAUCGACUUGCCCUGUACUAAAAUCAAUGGCUUCAGACCGAUGACAGCUCUAUGUUGCUGUUAUGCAUGAUUGAAACUAUUUUAACUUUUUUUUUUUAUUAUUCUUUAUUUCUAUUAACAUGUUUUUAUGACUUUUGUAUGAUAAAUGUUAUUUGAACAUGAACUAGUAUGUAUGUACUCCCGAUGAUCAUUAGCUAUAUUUAUAUACAUUUGGUAAAUACACAUUUAGAGCCAAAAAGAACACUUGUGAAGGGUGUAGUAUGUUUUGCGUUCCUAUAUCUGUGCAAAAAUACACACCUUCCACAAGGGGUAGUCUUCAGUAUGCCGGGUGUCUGGAUUCCGGCGCCGGUAUACUGAGUGCCUGGAUCCCAAUAGCUGGCAUACUGAAGACCACCCCUUGUGAAAGGUAUUUUUGCACAGCUAUGGGAACGCAAAUCAUGGCUCAGAGGAUGACAACUGUAUUGCGUCUAGUCUAGGUAAUAUGAGGAAUGUCAUACUAGAGCAUCUAAAUACUGAAGCCUAUUCUCACAUGUCGCAGAGAGCUUCGGCUUACUUCCUUAGGUUUGGUUCUGUUUUUUCAUAGUUUGGCCAAAAUACAAAUGUCUAGGGAUAUUGCAUCUCAUAUAACUUAUGUGAUCUGGUUUAAAAGGUCCAUCUGCUUUUCGAAAAUAGGGUAAUGUUGUCUUUCCCCCGGUAAGCCCCCAUUUCCUUACUCAAUCAGCUGAAGGACAGUAAGGAGCUCUUGUGUCCAGCUUGUAAGAUGAUUAUUUCUUACAUGGGAACAGAAGCACUUUCUGCCCCUGAUUAACCAGUUUCAGAUAAAGCGUGUAAUACCCUCCUUAAGGCCAACGCAAAAAUAAAGAUUAGAACUUG